UCCACAUCUUAUACAACCACCUGCCAGACGCGUAGAGCUGUCGUCAAGUCUCCCAAAGAAUUUAUCAUUUGGUAAGCCGCUAUUCAAGCCUCUCUUAUCAACCCGUAGACUUCCUUCUUCAUGCGUGGCGGGCGUCCUAGGUCGUUGCUUCUUUGGGAGUAUGGAGCUUGACAGCAAGAUACAUUCAGCCAUGAACAAAAGCUAUUCGCAGUCGUCAAUCAGUUAUCUGCUUGACGAUGCGAUGAAUCCGGUCAUGCUCCACAUCGAGUCUGGAUAUAUGCUCGUCAUCCUCGGAGUUGGGUCUACACCGCUUCUGAAGCUUUACCAGCACCAAAAGACCCUGUAGCUGCAUACCUAGGUAGUGAGAUCAACAGAAUGGCUCAGGAUCUGGAAAUAGGUAUCUUCUUAUCCCAAGAGUGGAACUGACAUCUCACAGAGGUACCUUCUUCUAAGGCCUGUUCCAGUAUGACGAUCAGAGCUAGCAGAUUCACACCUGAAGUGCUCUUGGAAGCACCCCGCCGUUCGGAGGGCGUUCCAAAUUCCAAUGCAUCAAGAGUUUUAUACUCCGUCUCGACAUACAGCUUCUCUGAGCAUUCGAAGAAAUCUGAGAUCCGUGUUCUGGAUUCAGCAAGCCAACAAACCAGUCUCGUCACAGAUGAUGCAUCCUUCAGCGAACCUUCGUGGCUAGAUGAUGAAACCAUAUUACUAUUGAAGUCCAAUGACGAUGGGGCUACAAACAUAGUCGUUGGAUCUCCAGACAACUUCGAGAAGAGCAAACACACUGCUGGCACGAUACAAGGACCAGUAAGCGACUCCAAGAUCUAUGCUCUUGGUGGCGGCGUCUUUGGUCUCGCUGUCGUUGGCAAAGCCAAGCCAGAUGGCACACUUUUCAACCCAGAGAAGGCCGAGAAACCUCACUCAUCAGGCAAGCUGUACAAGUCUGGGUUCGUUCGCCACUGGGAUCAUUACGUGACAGAGAAUCGGAACACGAUAUGGCUUGGCAAGCUUCAGCAGAAGAAAUUGGAAAAGUCUCAUGUCUUCGAGCUUGGACAUCCUCUAACGAAUGCGCUGAAAGGGACGAAGCUGGAGUCACCAAUCGAACCCUUUGGUGGGAAAGACCACUUCGACAUAUCGAAAUACGGUCUCGUGUUCACAUCGAAGGAUCCUGAUCUUAAUCCCGCGACGCACACGAAAACCAACAUUUAUGUUUCCGCAUCUGACAGCUUCUGGGAUGAUCUCCACUCAAAAGACAUGCCGGAAAUCCAAAAGGCUACCAUCGAAGGCUUUGAAGGUGCCAGCACGUCUCCAGUCUGGUCAAACUCGCGCGGUAUGAUCGCGUUCCUUUCCAUGAAAACUGAUGGGUACGAGUCAGACAAGAACCAACCGUUCAUUAUCCACGAUUAUAAGAAACCGUCGCAAGUCACUCUGCUCUACGGUUCUGAGGAUGGUAAAGGAAAGUGGGACCGAAGCCCACAGUCCAUAUCGUGGAGCCCCGACGACUGGCGCCUCUACUUUACCGCAGAGUCACAUGGUCGUGGAAACCUGUACAGCGCCGGGCCUCCUAAACCAAGCGGAGAGAAGGAGCCUCUGCCAUCGCUUCUUGUAAAGGGGGGAACGAUCGGCUCUGCAAAGGUGCUCAAAAAUGGCGACGUUUUCGUGACUUCGACUAGCUUGAUUGAGAACUCACUAUACUCCCUUGUCCCUCUAAGCGCUCAAAGCAGCGAUACGACUGUCUACGAUCUUCCUAUUGAUGAUAGACCGUAUGAUGCGGAUCCUGAUCAUCUGACAACCAAAUACAUCUCUUCGAACACGCGUUCUGGGUCUAUGUUUGGUCUGUCACGCCAUCAGAUCGAUGAGAUCCAUUGGGACGGUGCCGCAUCCGGCACCAAGGUUCAUGCUUGGGUUGUAAAGCCCAGCAAUUUCUCGUCCAAGAAAAUUUAUCCGCUCGCCUUUCUCGUUCAUGGCGGACCGCAAGGUGCAUGGACUGAUGGAUGGAGUACGCGGUGGAAUCCUGCCGUAUUCGCAGAGCAAGGCUACGUUGUCAUUUGCCCGAACCCUACUGGAAGCACAUCUUACGGCCAAGCCUUCACAGAUGCCAUCCAGGGCCAGUGGGGUGGUCUGCCGUACGAAGACCUUGUGUUGGGCUUCGACUACAUCAAGCAGAACGUCAAUUACGUUGACACAAAACGCGCCGUUGCCCUCGGUGCCUCCUAUGGCGGGUAUAUGAUGAACUGGAUUCAAGGACACCCUCUCGGCCGCGAAUUCAAAGCCUUGGUAACCCACGAUGGUGUCUUUAGCAUGUCCGGCCAGAUGGCAUCUGAAGAGUUGUACUUCCCUUUCCAUGAUAUCAAAGGCACACUCUGGAAUAACCCGGAAAACUGGGCCAAGUGGGACCCGUCCAGGUUCACGGAAAACUGGGCCACACCGCAGCUCGUAAUUCACAGCGAAUUGGAUUACAGGCUAACGAUCAGUGAGGGUUUGGCGGCAUUCAACGUGCUGCAGUGUAAAGGAGUAGAGAGCCAGUUCUUGACGUUCCCAGAUGAGAACCAUUGGGUGCUGAAGCCCGAGAAUGGGCUCGUUUGGCAUAAAGUUGUUUUGGACUGGAUCAACGAGCAUGUCGGAUUGGAGAAGUACACGGAGGCCCAGAAGGUGAUCAAGAAGGAGUAGCGUUUUAUUAGCCACCUCUUACGAUAUGAUAUGUUUCAUGUUCCGUGCGGACACAUGACGUGCCUCGUUGUCGUAUAUGCGUUCUCGUCGUUACAAUAUGAUGUGAACGUUCGUGAUGAGAAGAAGCUUGCAUGUAUAUAGAUUCGCCUGUUUGAUCAUGCUUUCAAGGUACU